CUUUGAACUCUGUCACCGACUCUCACUCUCUCUAGCUCUGCAAAGUGAGCGAGUGAUAGAGAAAAUGAGGCCUCAGAUCGUGCUGUUCGGAGAUUCCAUAACGGAGCAGUCGUCCGGAUCAGGAGGAUGGGGAGCUGCUCUUGCUGACACUUAUUCUCGCAAGGCUGAUAUAGUGAAUCGUGGGUAUGAUGGGUACAAUACAAGAUGGGCUUUGUUCUUGCUGCAUCAACUUUUCCCCCUCGAUUCUACAAAACCUCCUGUUGCCGCAACAAUUUUCUUUGGGGCUAAUGAUGCAGCUCUUUUGGGGAGAACCAUGGAACGACUACAUGUUCCUGUUGAAGAGUACAAGGAGAAUCUCAGAAAAAUUGUUCAUCAUUUGAAGGAAUGCUCCCCUACUAUGCUAGUUGUGCUUAUUACUCCACCGCCAAUUGAUGAGGCUGGACGAAAAGAAUAUGCUCGAUCCGUAUAUGGAGAGAAAGCUAUGGAACAGCCGGAAAGGACAAAUGCAGAGGCAGAACUUUAUGCCAAGCAGUGCAUUGCGCUAGCUAAGGAAAUGGGUCUCUGCUCAAUUGAUCUAUGGUCAAAAAUGCAGGAAACAGAGGGUUGGCAGAAGAAAUUCUUAAGUGAUGGGUUGCAUCUGACACCAGAAGGCAAUGCAAUGGUAUACCAAGAAGUCAUAAGAGUGUUCGACAAAGCAUGGCUUUCUGCUGGAGAAAUGCCAUAUGAUUUCCCUCACCACUCAGAAAUUGAUGGGAAGAACCCUGAGAAAGCAUUCCGGCAACAAUGCUUAUGAUCUUACUGUUUCUGACACCUUUAUAUUUGUUUUCAUUUUAUUCUUUGGUUUAUGCUUAAGAUAAAUAAGGUCAUUGCUCUGUCUGGUGAUUGCACCACCGGGCAGUUUUUGGUGUUUUUUCCACUGGAUUCAUCAUGGCAUAUACUGUAAAUUAGAGAUUCCUUAAUCUUCUGUUAAAUGGUCAUUAUUAUUUAUUAGUACAAUCUAGUUUGUUUGGAAAUUGAAACCUAUGUCUUUUCUUUUGAAGCUUUUGUAUGUGUAGAAAACUUGGCCACUAGUAAAUUGGCA